AUGUGGAGGCUGAAGACUAGCGAGGGCGCUGGGCCGUGGCUGCGGUCGACCAAGGGCUUCCUCGGCAGGCAGGUGUGGGAGUUCAACCCCGACGCCGGCACGCCGGAGGAGCGCGCAGAGGUCGAUAGGCUGCGUGAGGACUUCACCAAGCACCGGUUCACCAAGAAGGAGUCUCAGGAUCUCCUCCUACGCUUGCAGUAUGCAAAACUAAACCAUCCUUCGGUGGAAGUUCCAAUCAUGAAGCUUGAAAACAGUACGGAACUAACGGAGGAGAUUAUAUCUGUUCCAUUGCGGCGGGCUCUAAAUCAGUGGUUUAUUCUACAAGCGCAUGAUGGGCAUUGGCCCGGCGAAUACACUGGCAUUAUGUUCAUUAUGCCUGUUAUGAGUGUAUGGCCAAAAUGA